AUGGGUCACCUUGUGAAUCUACUUCAACUUCAAACAACUCUGUUUUUCAGCAACUCUCCCACAUGUUCAAGUAUUGCUCUCAAGCCUCACACUUUCGAAUAUCUCAAAGCAAAUGUCUUAACAUCCAAGUGUAAGGCCUUUGGAGGAGGAGAAAUGGAUGCCUUGCCACACUUGCAGGCUCUUAGAAAGUUUCCAAGGAAGGAGCUUGUUGCAAAAGUUGUACUGGUCAGAUUUGACUCUACCCUUUUGCUUCGGGAACAAGGGGAGGAACACCGAUUUCAACCCAAUGCACUCUUCACCAUUAAGUAUUUGCACCAAUCUGGGGCUAAAGUAGUUCUUGUUAGUGAUUGGAGUGUUAAAACUAAUCCUAGACUGUUUGUCGCGCAGUCUGUUGCAGAGUUCUUGUCAUCUCUUCUUGAGUACAAAGUUGUUCCAGUACAAUGCAUUUCUCAAAACGUGGUAUCAAAGAGGGAAGGCUUUGAGAAAGGAGAUAUUCUUCUUCUUGAGAAUCUUUCUGAGUUUAGAGGAGAAGUUGCCAAUUGUUCAAAAUUUUCUCAAGCAUUGUCAUCAGGAGUGGAUAUUUUUGUUAAUGAUUACUUUUCCCGGUCUCAUAAGAUUCUUGCAUCCACCUGCGGAGUUGCUCGCUUCUGCUAUGCCAACUUAGCUGGUUUUCACUUUGAGGAAAGCCUAUCUCAACUUAGAAGGGCUACAGAAAGCAACACAAAACCGCAUGUAGCAAUUAUUGGAGGGGGUAAUCUCUUUGAUAAAGCAGCUGCUUUGCAUUCCUUAACUUCCCGAUGUGAUGGGUUAGUCUUUGUUGGAAUGAUGUCAUUUCAAAUAAUGCAUGCCUUAGGGCUACCUGUUCCCUUGAAUUUGGUGGAACAUGGGGUACUUAAAGAAGCUCUAGAUAUAGUCCAGGUUGCACACAUUAGAAAUGUACAGAUCCUAUAUCCAAAAGACUUUUGGUGCAAGAAUGAUCAUCUUCCAAAGCAAUUGGAAAUAUUUCCUGCUCAUCGUAUACUGGAUGGGUGGGUACCUGUUGAUAUUGGGCCUGCAUCAUUUGUCGAAAUGAAGUCCAUGCUUUCAAGGUGCAAGAAAGUCACUUGGAUUGGUCCAGUGAAAUUCCGUACGAGUAACUGCACAAAAGGAGCUUCUGAACUGGCUCAAAUGCUUAAUCAACUAAGUCAAAGCAACUGCAACAUAACUGUUGUUGGGAAUAAGGCAUGUGAAGCAAUGGUGAAGGAAUCAAAUUCCACCUUUAAUUUCACUAUGAUUAAGGAUGCUUCAGUUGUGUGGGAGUUUCUCAAAGGAAGAAAACUUCCGGGGGUCAUGGCCUUAGAUAGGGCAUACCCUUUUGAUAUUGAUUGGAGUGAUGCCUAUUCUGAUCCAGCUCAACCUUUGGUAGUUGAUAUUGGAAGUGGUAAUGGAAUGUUUCUUUUGGGGAUGGCCAAAACAAGGAAGGAUUUGAAUUUUCUUGGUUUGGAGAUUAAUAAAAAGCUUGUAAAAUGCUGCCUGGACUCUGUUCACUGGCGUGGGAUAAGAAAUGGGUACUUCAUCGCAACAAAUGCUACUUCAACAUUCCGAUCCAUUAUUUCUAGUUACCCCGGAAAGCUAGUGCUUGUUUCGAUACAGUGCCCGAAUCCCGAUUUCAACAAACCAGAUCAUAGAUGGAGUAUGCUGCAAAGGUCAUUAGUCGAAGCAGUUGCUGAUCUGCUUACAGCUAAUGGAAAGGUCUUUCUGCAAUCUGACAUAGAGGCCGUCUCUCUGAGAAUGAAAGAACAGUUUCAGAGAUAUGGCAAGGGUAAACUUACUGUGGUGCAUGAACAAAGUUUUGCCAUAACUAAUAGUGGGUGGCUUAAGGACAACCCAUUUGGAGUUCGAUCUGACUGGGAACAACAUGUCUUAGCUCGUGGGGACCCUAUGUACAGAUUAAUGCUUUGUAAAUCAACCACUACUGAAUAA